UCCUCUUCUCGCUUCUUCUUCUUCUUCUUCUAAUCUUUCCCCUCUUUUCCAUUCCCCUUCCACACACGCUCCUCCCCCCAACCCUAGAUCCCAUCCAUGGCCACGCGCGCCCGCGCCGCCCGCCUGGCCACGCCGCGCCUCAAGGAGAACGAUGCCCAGCAGGGCAAGCGCCAGCGCACGGCCACGGGCUCGGCCGCGCGCCCGCCGCUCUCCGCCGCCUCGCCCCAGAACGCGCCGCCGCCGCCGCCCGCGGAGCCGGCCUUCGAGUUCGCCGGGAGGGACGACGUCGACGCCCUGCUCAACGAGAAGAUGAAGGGCAAGAACAAGAUGGACUACAAGGGGAAGAGCGAGCAGAUGACUGAAUACAUCAAGAAGCUGCGAGCUUGCAUCAAAUGGCUGCUUGAGAGGGAGGAUGCGAACUUGGCUGAAAUCGGGAGGCUCAAUGGCCAGCUAGAGGCGACGGAGAAGAAUCAUGCUGAAAUUGUGGCUAGCCUGGAAAGUCAAAUAGAAGAAUUGACGGCGAUACGAGAGGAGCUUCAGAAACAAUAUGCCUCUCUUGAAGAGAACCUGAAGAAGGUGGAGGCUGAAAAGAUGGAUUCCCUUCGGUCUUAUAAAGAUGAAAAGGAGGCUAGGACUGCUGUAGAAUCAGCAAGAAAUGAGCUUUCGGAUGAACUCAACAAGGUUAAGUUGGAGCAAAAACGUCUUAAUGAUCAGAUUAAGAUGCUUCAAGAUACAAAUAAGAGGCUUCAAGAAUACAACACUAGCUUGCAGCAGUAUAAUAGCAAUCUUCAAGCAGAUGCAACAAAGAAUGCUGAAACAACAGCAAAGCUGCAAAAGGAGAAGAAUACUAUGGUUGAAACAAUGAACGGUUUGAAGGAUCAUGCUAACUCAGUAAAAUUGCAGCUAGACUUGGCAAAGUCUUCGCAGAGUGAAGCUUUAAGACAAAAGAAUGAUCUGUUAAAGGAAGUCAACAGUCUUAGAGCUGAACUUCAGCUAGUAAGAGAGGACCGUGAUCAUAAAUCAGCUGAAAUACAAUCUCUGUUGAGUGAUUUGGGCAUGUACAAGGAAUUGACAGGAAAGUCAUCGACAGAAUUAGAGAACAUCAUGAUAAGAUGUGGAGUCCUCGAGGAGUCUUGUUCAACCCAAAGUGAGAGGAUAAGAACACUUGAAAUUCAGCUAGCAUCGGCUAAUGAAAAAUUGAAGAGAUCUGACAUGACAACUAUGGAGACAAUGGCCGAGUACGAGAAUCAAAAGAGAGCAUUGGAGGACCUACACUUCAGACUUGCAGAAGCUGAGCAAAAAAUUUUGGAUGGAGAGAAUAUGCGCAAAAAGCUGCAUAACACAAUACUUGAGCUUAAAGGAAAUAUCCGUGUCUUCUGUCGAGUACGUCCUUUACUGUCAAAUGACUCUGGGGCCGUCUCUUAUCCAAAGAGUGGGGAAGACAUAGGUCGUGGUGUUGAAUUGAUGCAUAAUGCGCAAGCAUAUUCAUUUUCAUUUGAUAGAGUAUUCGAUCAUUCAGCAUCCCAAGAAGAAGUAUUCACGGAAAUUUCUCAAUUGGUCCAGAGUGCUCUUGAUGGCUAUAAGGUAUGUAUAUUUGCUUAUGGACAAACGGGCUCUGGCAAGACGCACACAAUGAUGGGUAAUCCUGAAAUACAUGAGCAAAAAGGAUUGAUACCUAGAUCACUCGAACAAAUUUUUGAAACCAGCCAGUGCCUUGUGUCACAAGGUUGGAAAUAUAAGAUGCAGGCUUCCAUGUUGGAAAUUUAUAAUGAAACAAUACGUGACUUGCUAGCCACGAAUCGCACAUCAAUUCACGAGGGCGGUGCUUCAAAGUACAAUAUCAAGCAUGAUGCUAAUGGUAAUACCAGUGUGUCCGACCUGACAGUUGUUGAUGUACGGAGUAUCAACGAAGUUUCUUCUCUGCUCAAGCGGGCUGCCCAAAGCAGGUCAGUUGGAAAAACACAAAUGAAUGAGGAAUCGUCUAGAAGUCACUGUGUGUUCACUCUUCGAAUUUUUGGUGCAAAUGAGGGAACUGAUCAACAAGUGCAAGGAGUUCUCAAUCUAAUUGAUCUUGCGGGCAGUGAACGGCUUAAUAAAAGUGGUGCCACCGGGGAUAGGCUCAAGGAGACUCAGGCGAUUAACAAGAGUUUGUCCUGCUUGGCCGAUGUUAUUUUCUCCAUUGCCAAGAAGGAGGAGCACAUUCCAUUCAGAAACUCAAAAUUAACGUACCUACUUCAGCCAUGCUUGGGUGGAGAUUCAAAGACACUAAUGUUUGUGAAUCUGUCCCCCGAGUCAUCUUCUACGGGAGAGUCCAUUUGCUCGCUUCGUUUUGCUGCUAGGGUAAACUCCUGCGAGAUCGGUGUCCCUCGUCGUCAGACCCAAAUGCGCAGCUUGUCACAAGGAUGAGUCGGUGCUUUCAAUUCAUCGCCAAGUCCUGUCUGUGCCCCUGGGCCAUCGCUAAUGAAUGUCUGUGUUGUUUGUGUGUCGAUUGAGGGAUGCAAUCCAUCAUUUGCAUCCCAUCCCAUGGUUGGGUGUUUAGAAGGUUGUAUAUUCUGAUUUGAUUUUUUUCUUGCUGAUUGUAUUAUUGGUCAGGUGUGGCUUGCUGGCCUUUUCAUUUCCGUUAUCUAAUCUGUAUCAGCCAGCUUUGAUGUUCCACUAUGUAGAGAGCUGUACAAGUCCAUGUGCUUUGUUGGCGUGUUGUUUAUGGCUUGGCUUGUAUUACCUCUGUAUGAUUGCUGGGAAGAAGCAUUCAGUUGACCUGCUUUAUUUAUAGAAAUAUUGAUCAA